GGAGCGAGCUCACGCCGCAGUCUCUCCACUCGACAUGAUUUACUAAGCAUCGACGCGGACAACUCGACAGCAAGAUUAGCGCGGCGCUACUUCGACUCUCAACUAGUGGCAAGCGGCCACCCUCAUGAUGGCAAGGUGACUUGAGCCCGCCCGAUUUCUUGCAAACAACAACAACAUGCCCGCCACCGACGUCGAGCGGGUCCUCAGCCCGCCAGUUGGGGCGGUGAGCCCGACGAUGCGCACGUUCCCCCGCCCGCGGGACGACGACGACGUGUCGGCGCACGAGCUGGACGAGCACGAGCCCGAGCCGAUCCCCAUCGUGCCGCUCAAGCAGAGUUCGACGGUGCUGUCGACCCGCAGCGCACGCGACGCGGCGCGCGCGCUCGAGAGCUUCGAGAGCAGCCCCGAGAACCCGCGUAACUGGACCCCCGGGCGCAAGUGGCGCACGACGCUGACGGUCGCGCUGACGGGCUUCAUCUCGACGUGCGGCUCGUCGAUCGCCGUGCCGGGCGUGCACGCCGUCAUGGCCGAGUUCGGCGAACACAAUACCAAAAUCGGCGUGCUCAUCACCAGCUUCUAUGUCCUUGGCCUCGGCUCGGGCCCCUUCCUCUUCGCGCCCAUCUCCGAGCUCUACGGCAGACAGGUGGCGUACCAUACCUCGCAAACAUUCUUCGUCAUCUUCUGUAUCGGCACGGCGGUGGCCCCAACAAUGGCCGGGCUCAUCGCGAUGCGGUUCGUGUGCGGCGUGUUUGGUUCAGUCGGGCCGGCCCUCGGCGUGGCGACCUGCGCAGACAUCUUUGCGCCAAAGGAGCGUGGCCGCCCAGUGAGCAUCUACGCCCUCGGCCCCAUGUCCGGCCCGGUGCUGGGCAGCAUGCUGGGCUACUGGAUCCUGUUUGGCGGCUGGCGCUGGCUCUUCUGGUCGAUGACGUUCAUGGCGCUCGCGAACUGGGCGCUGCUCAUCUCACUCACCGACGAGACGUUCGCGCCUGUCAUCCACAAGAAACUGCAGUACAGGAUAAAGCACCCCCAGGCCGACGCUACUGGGUUUCUGGACAGACUGAACCCGAGGCGCAUUCUCCACAACUUGGGCUGGAUGACUGCCAUGGUCUCUUCAGAGCAGGCGCGGGCAGUCUUUGGCCGCGCAUUCUCACGCCCUCCGAGGCUCCUGUUCACCAACCCCGUCGCGUUCAUCUUCUCGGCGUACUACGCCUACAUCUACGGCAUCAUUUACCUCUUCCUCGUGACUGUGCCGUUGCUGUUUGGCUCCGCGCCGUUCAAGUACCCCGGUCUGUUCUCGUACGAGUGGCCGCAGAGCACCCUCUCGCUGUCGUAUUUAGGUCUUGCGGUUGGCUUCUUGACCUCUGCCACGCUCGCCGCAACGACACAGGACAGAAUCUACCGCUAUUUGUCUGCAAAAUACAAGGACGAUGGACAGCCAGAGUAUCGCCUCGUGCUCACCCAGAUCGGAAUGAUCAUCAUGCCUAUUGGCCUGCUCGUCUUUGGCUGGACGGCGCACGCGCACACGCACUGGAUCGGUCCGCUCGCAGGCCAGGCCCUCAUCGCCCUAGGUCUCAUGCUCGCAUUCAACUCGAUCCAGACGUACCUCGUCGACGCCUUUUUCCCAUACUCUGCCGCGGCAACCGCCGGCGCCACUGCGCUCCGAUCAGUCAUCGCGUGCGUCCUGCCCAUCUUCUGUCCGCAAAUGUUUGGAACGCUAGACUGGGGAUGGGGAGGGACGCUGCUCGCCCUCGUUGCCGUCAUUGCUGUCCCGGCGCCAUUGGUAAUGUUCAAGUACGGCAGACGAUUACGAGAGCGCUUCUUGUUUGAGGGAUAGAGUAAAGUGGCACUUGUUGAAGAGACCGCAUAGCAUAGCAUCACAUCGUCAUACACAUCUGCAAUGCAAGGAAUAAUGGAC